UGUCUUAAAAAAAAAAAAAAAAAAACUGCAUCUUCUUUCCAAGGGGAAGCACUAAGCAGGAAUACCGGGCGAUGAUUCUAGCGGAGACAGAGAUGAGGAGAGCCAUGGCAAUAACUUCAAUUAUUCUCUUGGUUUUGCUCUCCCUGAAAGAAUUUGUCCAGGGCUUCGAAGGAUCUGCAGGCACAAGAACUCUCAAACAAGAAAAUGAGCAAGCCCAUGAUGUGCACUGCUCGAGAGAAAGAAGUCGGGCAGCUUGGCAAAUUAUAGAGGAGUAUUUGAUGCCAUUUGUGGAAAAAGAGCAGUAUCAGAUUUCAGGGAAGUGUAGACUGCAUCCAGACAAUGACUUGUUCAGGGAUCAGGAGCAGCACAAGAUACACGUUGAUAUAAAUGAAUGGCGGUGUGGAUACUGUAAGAAAAUCUUCCGCGCAGAAAAGUUUCUUGAUCAGCAUUUUGACAACAGGCACUACAAUCUUCUGAGUGUGAAUGACAGCAAGUGCUUGGCGGAUUUAUGUGGAGCUCUGCAUUGUGAUUUUGUACUGAAUUCUAAGUCUACCAAAACAAAGUGCAAUCCUGCAGCCGUUGAAAGGAAUCGCCAUCUUUGUGAGAGUCUUGCGGAUAGCUGUUUUCCUGUUAAUCAUGGUCCCUCAUCAAGCCGUCUUCACGAACUGUUUUUGCGGCAAUUUUGUGAUGCCCAUACUUGCUCGCAAAAGAGGAAACUGUUUCCUAGAGGAGGCACGAAGCAAACAAGUAUAUUCUACUUGGCUAUAUCAAUAUUGACGUUGAUGCUGCUACCGCUUUUCUAUAUUAUAAUUUAUUUGUACCAAAGAGAAAUGAGAAGAGGGACCCAGGAGCUGAGGCGAAUCGUACGAGUUGGAGGAAAAGCAAAACCCUCAUAGUUGGCAAUCGAUACAUGUUGGUUAGGAUCUUGAUAGCGUUAACUAGGUGAAAGGAUGGAAAAUGUUGCAAAUGGUCACACAAUUUUCUGAUUUUAUUCUUUGAUUGCAGGUUAGGAUGUUGAUUCCAUUAACUAGUUGAAAGGAUGGGCAAUGAUGAUUGAUGAAAUUUGUCAUUAUUUCAGUCGAAUGACUCUUCCCCGGCAGAUUCCGCUGUAUGAGAUCUUUCAUUGGAAGGUCCAAAGGAGAAGGCUAGCCUUUUCAAGGCUUGGUCGUUUACUUCAAACAAAGAGGAGCAGACAUAUAUAGAACACCUCUCUUUUCCUUCAGUUGAUUAACCUUUUGUGUACUAUAAAUCAUAUAUCAAACCAAGCAUCUUUGAUACUAAUUGUUCAUAGAAAAUACUUGCUCUUAAUAAAUCUACUAAUAUCAUC